AUGAUAGUAUUCAGUGAUGAUGAUGAAUCUAACAAAUUAGAUCUUAAAAGACUGUAUGGACGUUUAAAAGCAAAAAAACUUGAUAAUUUACUUCAACCUGUUAAACUCAAAAUCGAACGAUUAGAUUCUAUACAAAAUCGGUUUAUUAUUGCAUUUAUGAAUGAUCUAAAUACUCAAAUACCGGUUGGAACAAAUCAUAAGUAUUAUUACGAACUUAUAUUGCUCCUUCUUUCAAUGCAAAAUAUAUGGAAUUCAAUCAAUUAUCAAGUAGAAGAAAUGAAAGUAAGUGGAGAAAUGACAUGA